AUGAUUAUUGACCAAGCGGUGUGUGAUUAUAACGAAAAAUUCAUUGAUGUUGCUGCAAAAGGGCCUGGUAGCACACAUGACGCAAGAAUUUUAAGAGAAUCAAACCUUGGUGAAGAAAUAAUAGAUGGCACUCUUAAAGGUUUAUUAUUUGGCAAUUCCAGAUAUCCAUGUUUUCGUUGGUUGCUUACGCCGUAUCUAAGUCCAACUACAACAGCUCAGUGUCGAUAUAAUAUAUCUUUAAAAAGAACAAGAGUUUUAAUUGAACAAGUGUUUGGAUGUUGGAAAAGACGGUUUCAUUUGCUUCAUGGAAAGGUUCGAAUGACCCCAGAAAGAACCUGUACCAUAAUUGCUGCGUGUGCUGUAUUGCAAAAUUUAGCAAUAGAGUUAAAUGAUAUGGACAUAGAUGACAAUCCAAUUGAAAAUUAUGAAAAUAAUAAUGAAGACAUAGUUGCUGAAAAUAACUUUCGAUUUUGUGAUAAUUUUGUUUUGCGGCAUUUUGGACAAUAA